UUUUUUUUAGUUAUACUUAAACCUUCGUUUCUUUGUUUGUUCGAUCAAAUCAAACCCCAAUUUCUCUCUCUCUCUCUCUACAAUCUUCAAAGUUUCUGUUAUUUCUCACUCUAAAAGAACACCCAUUUUCCCGGAAAAUUUCUUUGCUAUUUUCUGGGAGGAGAAAAGAAGCAUGAGCACUGCAACCCACAGUUUGAAAGCACCAGAUUUUUGAGGUUGCAGUGCUGAGCACUUUCUUUUUCCGCAAUGCAGAAUGGAAUCUCAGCUUUCCCAAGCUCAUUUCAAAACUCAUCACGACUACACAAUGCAACUCCGCUUAAACCCUAACUUUGCUCAGAUAGGUCAACCCAUCUUGCUGAAUUCGAUCCCUAUCAGCUUCGAGCUUUUCUGGGUUUUGAGAAUAAUGGGAGUUUGGUGUCUUAAUGGUUCUCAAAUUGCAGGUUUUGGUUGUCUCUGAGUGUGUAGUUGGGUGAUUUGAGUUAUACAUAGUGCUUUUUAGAGGAAAAAAAUCUGAGAUCUGUUCUGGGGGUCACAUCAUUGUGCAUCAAUCAGGUGUUAGCUAAAAGUUUGAUAUUGAUCCUGGUUUCUAUUGAUUCUUGAGCUUCCAACUGAUAAACGAGUGAGGGUUUUCAGUGAAUUUUUAUGGGUAGCUGAUGGAUACUUAGAGCUUAAGGUUGAAUCGUGAGGUAGAAAAGUUCCAAGGGGGGUUGUGUUUGGUGGCUUGUGAAACCAAAGAGAUUUGUGUAAAUGUCAGGAGCUCCUAGAUUGAGGUCUAUGAAUGUUGGUGACUCAGAGACAAGGUCUGUGCUUGGACCAGCUGGUAACAAGACAGGGUCUUUGAGUUCUCGGAAACAAGCUUCAAAGCCACUGAGGAAGGCUGAGAAAUUGGGCAACGAGGUUGCUUCAACUCAAGAGAAGAAAUCCUAUGAAUUGUCUUCAGUUGUCACUUCCUCUACUUCUCCUCAUCAGUCACAUUCUGUCAGUGUUCCUUCAGUGCUACGCAGGCAUGAGCAGUUGUUGCAUUCUAAUUUGUCUCUGAAUGCUUCUUGUUCUUCUGAUGCUUCCACUGACUCAUUUCAUAGCCGAGCUUCUACUGGAAGAUUGACUCGGUCUACUAGCUUAGGUAGUAGAAGGAAGCGCUCCGUGUCAAAGCCAAGAAGUGUUGCUUCUGAUGGUGUGUUAGAACCUCCUCCUGAUGGUUCACAAUCCAAGAAGAGGUGUGCUUGGGUAACUCCUAAUACUGAACCAUGUUAUGCUACUUUCCACGAUGAAGAAUGGGGAGUUCCAGUACAUGAUGACAAGAAACUAUUUGAACUUCUUGUUCUAUCGAGCGCUCUGUCUGAACUCGCUUGGCCAGCCAUUCUAAGCAAGAGGCACAUUUUUAGGGAAGUUUUUGCAGACUUUGAUCCAGUUGCUGUCUCAAAAUUGAAUGAGAGGAAGAUAAUGGCACCAGGAACCACUGCAAACUCCUUACUUUCUGACCUUAAAUUGCGUGCUAUAAUUGAGAAUGCACGCCAAAUAUCGAAGGUCAUAGAUGAGUUUGGGUCAUUUGACAAGUAUAUAUGGAGUUUUGUGAACCACAAGCCUAUAGUUAGCAGAUUCCGAUAUCCUCGACAAGUUCCUGCAAAAACACCAAAAGCCGAUGUUAUUAGCAAAGACAUGGUGAGAAGAGGUUUCCGUGGUGUGGGUCCCACGGUCGUAUACUCCUUCAUGCAGGUUGCUGGGUUAACAAAUGACCACCUCAUCAAUUGCUUCAGAUUUCAGGAGUGUGUGGCUGCAGCAGAAGGGAAGGAAGAGAAUGCCAUCAAGGAUGAUCCUCAACAAAAGGAGUGUGAUAAUGUGAUGGAAUCUGAUCUGUCCAUUGCCAUUGAUAAUUUGAGUUUCUCCUCAGAAUGAAUGAUGGCUCAAUAGUCUUGGCUGAUAGAGAUCCUGGUUCUAUUGGCAGAUCAUCUGGUAGACCAAAUUCGUUCUACUUAGCCUUAGAUUGAGUCAUGAUGGAGGAGAAUUUGUGUUUCUAUCUCAUGUAGUUCAAAGCAGAUUUGAAUAUCCAACUACCCAUCUUGUUAUAUGAGGUUUCUCGAGGGAAGCCUUAACGAAUUGGUGUACAAUUUUUUUGUACAGUCAAAUGAUCAAUGAUUAGAUA